CUGACGUCUGGGAACACGCACCGUAUUGCUUAUCCCUUGCAGCACACCACACCCCAACACAUACAUAAUAGUAACAAUGGGCUCAAUCGCCCCCGACCUCCCCAUUGAGGUGGACCACGACGACGACGCAAGCAGCCUAGGGACCGAAUCCUCCACAACAUCCCUGAGCUCCAGCGUACUCAAAUACGAAUACAAGCAUGGCCGACGCUACCACGCACAUCAUCUGGGAAACUACCCGUUUCCCAACGACCAGCCCGAACAAGACCGACUAGACAUGGUGCACCAUAUCUUCUACCGACUUAUCAACAACCGGCUCUUCCUUGCGCCGAUAAACCCAGACGGGAAACGCAUUCUAGAUAUCGGCACCGGCACAGGCAUCUGGGCCAUCCAGAUGGGCGACGAGUACCCGAAUGUGGAGCAGAUCGUAGGCAACGAUCUCAGUCCGAUCCAGCCGUCGUGGGUACCGCCGAAUGUGAAGUUCAUUGUGGAUGACGUGGAGAAGGAUUGGAUGGAGAGUGCACCGUAUGAUUAUAUCCAUUGUCGGUAUAUGGCGGGGUCGAUUCGCGAUUGGCCGAGGUUGAUUCGGCAGUGUUAUGAGAAUUUGAAGCCCGGGGGUUGGUUGGAGUUGCAGGAGAGUGUGAAUACGUUGUAUUCGGAGGAUGAGAGUCUGAAGGCAGAUAGUUAUAUGGUGAAGAUGAUGGAUGGGUUGAAGGAGGCGUGUUUGAGGAUUGGGCAGACGAUGGAUCCGGCGCCGGAGUUUGAGAAGUGGGUUGGCGAGGCUGGGUUUGGGGCCGUGCAUACGAUGAAGUUUAAGUUGCCGAUUGGGAGUUGGCCCAAGGAUGCGAGGUUGAAAGAAUGUGGAAGUUUUAUGAGGGUGAAUUUUGUGGAGGGUGUGGAAGGGUUUACUGCUGCGUUGUUUGGGGAUGUGUUGGGUUGGGAGCAGAGUGAGAUUGAGGAUUUGAAUGCCGGGGUCAAGAGGGAGUCGUUGAGGAAGGAUAUUCAUCCGAUAUUCGAUGUUUUGGUUGUUGCGGCGCAGAAGCCAAUGUAGUUGACAUGAUUAGAUGGAUGUUUUGCUCGGUCAAUUUGCUCUACCUAAAAUGGGAAUUGAUAUGUGGUUAAUGUCUAUGAUAAGCCACAAGUUGGCGACUCUUGUG